UCACCACACACACUGAUAAGACAGCAGUAAAAGCUGCCCGCUGCUUUCAGCAGUCAGAGAUAAUGAGCUGCAGGCAGUGACGUCACAAGUUCUCUCCACAUGUUCUCCCCUGUUAUCAUGCGUUACAAUUAUUCAGUGUUUACAUGCCUUCCUUACACACAAAAAUUGAUAUAAAUAUAUAGAAAGUUAUGGAGACAUUGGAAGGGGAUAUUCCAAGUGUAGAUUUUCCUCAGUCAAUUGAUGUAAGACCUUAUCAAUUUGAACCUUUGGCUGAUACAAAUGAUAGCAUGCAAAGCACUGAUUCAGAAGAGGAGAACUCAGAUAUUGAAGAAUUUCCCAAUAGAUUGGUAAACACUGAUUGGUGCGAGUGUGGAUUUUGCAUCUCUAUGCCAACAGUAGAUGAGUGCAUUUGCUGUAAAGAAAUAGGAGCAGUCCAAGCUGAAACAGAGACAGGGGACCACCAAUGUAUAACAGAGAGUCCUAUAUUUACUGCCAAUUGCCUGAAUAGACAUGUUUUGUACGUUUCCAUGUAUGAAUACCUGCAGAAUGUUGGACCUUUAGAUGAUAACCAACCUCCUGAUGAAAUCUACAGGUAUCUUGCAUACAGAAGAUUUGUGAGAUGGAUCUGGCAUUUCCUUGGGAAAAAACACAGAAAAAUUUUGCCUGCAUGUGUAGUGACAAAGAUACGAGAAGCAUUUCCCUCAGAACACUAUUGCGGGUUCAAAUAUGCAAUGUGAAAUUUCUAUUCAUUGUAAAAAAUACUACAUCUUGAUAAAUCACAUGUAUAAUAUCAGUAUUAAAAUGCAAGAUAAUUAUAUGUAUGAUGAAUAUACAUUUUACGGAACAAAUUAUAAUAAUUUUUGUAAAAUAAACAAAUGGAUUAUUUUAACUGUCUUUACUAUUUA